CACGUGGAGUGACAUCCUUGUUUUUUAACCAUAAACGUCAAAGAAGUAAGGUUCAAUAUUUUGAACACAAAAUGCGGCGUGUUUCGAAAAGAAGUAAAAGUUCGUGGCGAAAACAUAUUGAUAUGUUGAGUGAUCAAACAUUUACUGACGAACAAAAAGAGUCUAACCGCACUGGAAAUGUGACAAAAACGGAAUCAGAGUUACAUAUUAACGAUAAUAUAAUUUGUAGUAAAGUGAAUUUGAAGACCAUACGAAAAAAAGGUUUCAAAACCACGCCUAUAUUUUGUUCGUCUUUAAAUACUACUUACCAGAUGGCUGAUCCGGUUUCCAAACGUAACAUCGAAAAACGUGCAAAAAAAAAAUCGAAAUCUGAAGCGAUGGGAAAUAUAUUUGUUGAAACGGAUAGGACUGAUAUUUGGAACGAUCAGAUGCCACUUGGAAAUAAACUCGAAUGGCUAAACGACAAUGUUGUUCGUCAUAAUAGAAAGAAUACCGGAAUAUCAGUGGUGAAGUUACCUUCAGCAAAGAAGAAGUCUUUUGUGCCUAACGUUGAAAUACCAAUGCCCGGUGCAAGUUAUAAUCCAGCUUUUAAUGAUUAUGACAAACUAAAAACUUCAGUAAUUAACCAGGAAAAAGAAACAACUAAAAUUAAGGAACACUUUGAUCGAGUAGUCACAAGCAAGUUACUGAAGGUUCCCAAAGAAGACCGUGAUAUUAUCCUCUGGAAUGAAAUGUCUGAAGGCCUACUAGACAAUGAAGAACAUUUGGAUACAGUAGACAACGAGCUGGAUGGAGAAUAUGAGGCUAUCAAUCCUCCUGUUAAAAAUAAGAAAAAAGACCGGAAAGCCAGAAAUAAAAGCGGAAUGCUAUUAUUAAGCGCAACACUGAGGUUAACAUAAAACGGAACUAAAGAAAUGCAGUGAUAUCGAUAGAAUAACUAUAUUCAAAUCUGAACUCAACAACCGCGAAGUGAAGAUAUUGGAAAAACGAGAAAGACGGGUGCGUCGGCAAAGAGAGAAACAAUUGGAACCACCCCGUGUUUCUUAUCUAAAGUUUGUGGAAUCAGAAGCUGAUUUUGUCGAGCCUUCAGAACUUGCAGACACGCUGAGAACCGUUAUUUCAAACAAAAGUCUGAUUGCUGAUCGUUUCAAAAAUGUUCAGAAGCGAGCAUUAAUAGCACCGAAGAAACAUCGUGAUGGUAUACUGCGUAGUAACAAGGCUUAUAUGAAACGAUGGAAACGAUAUAUCAAAAAUGAUCACAAAGUUAAUAUUGAAGUAAAUGGAAACAAAAUAUGAAUAAAAAGCUAUAAGUCUUAAACGUGACAUCCA